AUGUCAGGCUACAGACAUCAUAGAGGUCAAGGGUACAGAGGCCGUGGUGGAAGAGGUCGUUACUAUGGAGAUGGUGGUAGAAGAGAUAAUGAUGACGGGAGAGGUUAUAAUAAUGGCAGAGAUCAUUCUCCUGGUGAUAGAUAUGAAGACAGUGGGGACUCAUUUCGUGGGAAAAGUGGGCGUGGUAGAGGUGGAAGACCCCCACCAGGAUUAAAAGGAAGGGAAAUAGGAAUGUGGUAUGCAAGAAAAAGUCAAGCUGCAAAGGACAAAAGAGAGAAACUUGAUAGACCAGUUGUCCAUGUGAAUGCUCAGGAGCAGAGGAAAAUUCGAGCUGCUCUAAAUGAUCUGGAUGAUGAACCGUCAGAUCAAAGUCAUCAAACUGGUGGAAUGAAUCAGCAAGCUACAAGUUAUGGUCGUGAUUGGUUUGAUGAAGAUCCUCAUCAAGCAUCGGCCUCAAAUUUUACUUCAUCAUCAUCUUCUGACCCGAGAUCUGAUCCAACACAUAUCAGAUUUGAAGAUGAAAAUGACUCAGAUGAAGAGUUGGAAAUUUCUGGAUUCAAGGAAUAUUUGGAAGUUUCUAAGCUUGAAUCUGAAGACUACAUUGACUUGACUAAAUGUGACGUAAGUGAUUGCUCUCAACCUGAGGAAGAUUACAGAUCUUCCAAACUUGAUCAAAUUUAUAAACAAGAUCUUGAUGAUAAGAUGACAAACGAAAAAUAUAUUUCAAUGUUGAAUUUCCGCAAGAAGCUUCCCGCAUAUCAAAUGAAGGAUGAAAUUAUUCAGACAAUUUCAACCAAUCAGGUUGUAGUCAUCAGUGGUGAAACUGGAUGCGGAAAAACAACCCAAGUUCCACAAUUUGUUCUGGAUAAUGCGAUAGCUCAGGGGCGUGGUUCACAAUGCCAUGUUAUCUGUACACAGCCCCGAAGAAUUAGUGCGAUAUCUGUAUCCCAACGAGUGGCUCAGGAACGAGUUGUCAAAUGUGGAGAUGGUGAUGAGGUCGGCUUUAUGAUUCGACUUGAAAAGAAACUACCUAGACCUCGUGGAUCACUCUUAUUUUGCACUACUGGUUGUGUUUUGAAAUUUCUAGAAUCAGAUCCAAUGCUUAAUCGAGCUACACAUAUAAUCAUUGAUGAAAUUCAUGAACGUGAUUUACAGUCUGACUUUCUCAUGAUUAUUUUGAAAGAUAUUUUACCUCACAGACCAGAUUUGAAAGUUGUUCUCAUGAGUGCUACACUCAAUGCUGAGUUAUUUUCCCAAUAUUUUAAUGGAUCCCCAAUGCUGCACAUCCCUGGAUUUACAUAUCCUGUUGAGGAGUUUUAUUUGGAGGAUGUAAUGGAGAUGAUUCAAUACCAAGCUGAGAAUAAACCUAAUUAUUUCAAGCCCACAAGAUUUCGGCGAAAAGGUCAGGAGGCAGAAAAUGAGUACAGGAGAGAGAUUGAACGAGAGGAAUGGCUUCAGAGUUUACGAGGAAAAUAUUCCAACAGAACAAUUUCUAGUUUGAAACUUGUAGAUGAUAAAAAGGACAUGAAGGGACAGCUAGCCACCUUGCUUCAAGAAGUAGGAUUCACAAGCAGUAGCAAUCCAAAACAUCGUGAAGCCAAUAUGAACUCCGAUAAUUUGAGUCUUGUGAAAGCCAUUAUUUGUGCUGGUCUGUAUCCGAAUGUGGCAAUGAUUGGAAAAAUACCCAAAUCUAAAUUCAAGACUGUUAAACUGAACCUCAAGCAUGGUCAAAAGGCAGCCAUGCAUCCAUCGUCAGUGAAUGCUUAUUCCCAAUUCUUUGAUGAGAAAUGGGUCAUUUUCCACAAAAAGAUGAGAACCUCAGACAUCUAUAUAUACGAUUGUACCACGAUCUCCCCCUACCCAUUAUUACUGUUUGGUGGAGAGAUCAACCUGCUCCAGGAUGCUGGUGAUUGUGUAUCAGUGGAUGGUUGGAUUAUAUUUAAGGCUAAACCAGAUGUUGCCAACCUGGUGAAGGACCUGAGAGUUCGACUGGAUAAAGUCCUUGAACAAAAAAUCACAAAACCAGGACCCACUGAUUGGACGCAUGGUAGUAAGGAAGGGUCCUUGAUGAAGCUGAUUAUUGAUCUUAUGUCCCAGAAGUAG